AUGAAGAAGCAGGCCAGGACUGCGCUCAAAGGGGAGCCCAUGCGGAAGUUCGUCAUCUACCUUGGAGCCGAUGACCCUCUCAACAGCCCGGAUUGCUCCAUCUGUGGGUACAUGGUGGAAGAGGGCACGAGCCUGAGGAUUCUCGUGGUCACCGAGAACGCCACCGCCGAGGUUUGGUUGAGGAAGCACAGCGGCUUUCUCGCGUGGAGGACGCAGCAUUUGCAACUGGCCAGCGCCGUGAAGUACCAGAUUCAUAUCGACGGCGUGGUCGAGGGAGAAAAUAGCAAUGCUAUCUUGCUGGACGACGUGGAAAUCGUGGAAGGGCGCUGCCCCCCCUCCUUCAUCUGCACCUUCGACGAAGACGCGGAAAUGUGUCUAUGGGAGAACUUUGAGCACGAGACGACGACCACAGCUUGGUCCCUUGGCUCGGGGGAGGAGGGGGGCCCUGACGCCCCGCCAACCGACCACUCCUGGGGGUCGUCGUUGGGUCACUUCCAGUACCUGCCUCGAGGAAACGACCAGGGCGACCAGCGCGGGUUCCUCAAGAGCCCCGAUGUCGCCAGCACCACUCCGGAGGGAGAUUGCUUCCAGUUCUGGUUCUUCCUCAAGUCUGCUGGUGAGUUACCUGUCGGCGAACUGGGCGUCCGCCUCCUGAAGGACGGAAAGGUCGGCGACCGAAUCUGGCAGUACGACUACGCCGGGCACGAGGGCUGGCAAUUCGGCGAAGCCACCGUCGGACACGAACGGAACUUCAGUAUCCUCCUGGAGGGCCUGCGCCACAGAGGCCGGGAAGGCAUCUUGGCCCUUGACGACCUGUCCGUGGAGCGAGGUCCCUGCGGCGCCCCUGGUCGUGUACUUUCGAGGGCGGCAUCUGCGGGUGGGUGGACGAAGACUCCAUCGAGGGCCAUUAUCCGCCCAACAGCUGGCAAUGGGUCCGGGCGGAGGACACGAAAGAAUGGCCCGGUUGCGGAUCACACCACCUACUCGGGACAAGGUCAUUACGUAAUAGCUGAUGUGGAGGAGUGUCGGUCUUACGUGUCUGAAUGUUACGCCAAUUACGACAGUCGUGAUAUCAGGCCAACCAAUGACACCUACUGCUUGUCUUUCUUUUAUAAUGUGCGGCACCUUGGUGACAGCAACCUGUUAUACAUAGAUGUCGUAGACGUAGAGAACAACCUGUCCAGAAACAUGGGCGUCCUUGCAUUCACCACCGAGGAAGAGACGUGGCUUAUUCACCACCAGAAGCUCAGUGACAUCAACUACCUGUUCCGCGUCCACUUGCACGCCAGGCCUACAGCCAGGUGGUACAAGGAGGAGUAUUUGCAUCUUCUCCAUUCAUCGCAUUAUAUCCGAAUGCAGCGUACAUCGCCCUGGACGACAUCGAGCUAUUCUCCGGAACGUGUUAUCCGUCUCCGGGAAGCACCCACUCCCCCAAACGACCCCUCCUCCCGAGAACAAGCUGACCUGCUCCUUCGAGGACAAUUCCUUCUGCGGCUGGAGUCAGGACACGGCUGA